UCCUGAGGGGGCCCGGCCGUAAAGCGAGGCGCCGGCGCGAAGUGUCGCGCUCUUCCUUCGUCCGCCCUCGCGCGAGAGCGGCGGCCUGGCCUGACGGGAAACCUGCCCUCGCUUUACGGCCGCUGGAUGAGGAGGAGCGGAGGAGGGGAGCGGGAGGCGCCGCGGCUGCUGCUGCUGCUGCUGAGGGGAUUUUGGGGACAUGGCCGAGGUUCCGCCCGGGCCUAGCAGCCUCCUCGCUUCGCCGCCGGGAGACGCCGCCUCGCUCCUCCUGCCCUUUCCGGGAGCCGCCGAGGAAGAGGAGGAGGAGGAGGAAGAAGAGGAGGAAGGAGGAAGGAGGCCCCGCGAGGAAGAAGAAGAGGAGGCCGGGGAUGAAGGCGCCCGGGACCGCCGCCGGCCUUGCCCGCCGCACCGGCGCAACCACCAGCUCAACGGGCUCAUCUCCGGGCCGGACCUGCGGCACUUGCGCGGCCCCCUCAAGGGCAAGGUCCUGAGCGGCGGCGGCGGAGAGAAGCAGCGCCCGCCGGGCAGCAAGAGAGGCGGCAGCGGCGGCGGCGGCAGGAGCAGCCCCGGCUCCGCUGGCAAGACAAUGGGACACGGCCAGCAGCAGCAGCAGCAGCAGGAAGAGGGUCCGGAGCUGCCCCCCCAGCAGCAGCCUCCCUCCUCGCUCAGCAACCACCACCAUCACCACCACCGGGUCCCCCGCUCCCAAGCAAGGACUGCGCAGCCCCCAGAGCAGCAGAAGCGCCGCCACGACGCUGCUUCUGCCCCCUCUGAAGGGGACAGGAAUGGGCUGGCUGGAGCGGGAGGGGUGGAGGAGGAGGAAGAGGAAGGAGGGGGAGGCCACCAGGAGGAGGAGGAGUCCCUGCUGCUCCUGUCCAGGUCCUUGGCCUCCAACUGCAGCUUGCAGAAAUGCUCCCCCCCGGGGGCCCCCACCACGGACUCUUCCUGGGGCCCCCAGCAGGCGGAGGAGGAGGAAGGGGACCUGACGAUACGAUACGUCCGCUAUGAGUCCGAGCUGCAGAUGCCCGAUAUCAUGAGACUGAUCACCAAAGAUCUGUCUGAACCCUACUCCAUUUACACAUAUAGGUAUUUUAUCCACAACUGGCCUCAGCUUUGCUUUUUGGCAAUGGUAGGAGACGAGUGUGUAGGUGCCAUCGUCUGCAAGUUGGAUAUGCACAAAAAGAUGUUUCGCAGAGGUUAUAUAGCCAUGUUAGCAGUGGAUUCCAAAUACAGAAGAAAAGGCAUAGGUACAAACUUGGUUAAGAAAGCUAUUUAUGCCAUGGUAGAAGGAGAUUGCGAUGAGGUUGUCUUGGAGACCGAGAUCACAAACAAGUCCGCGUUGAAACUUUAUGAAAACCUUGGCUUUGUUCGAGACAAGAGGCUGUUCAGAUACUAUUUAAAUGGAGUUGAUGCACUGCGUCUUAAACUGUGGCUGCGUUGAUAGGAGGCCAUCCUUGCGCCCAGGACUCCUCUCCCCAACCAGCCGGGCAGCGGCGUCCUUUGCAUGCAAUGCAAUUUGUGUGAAAUUGCUUUGCAGGUGGACAUAAUAACUUCCAUGCAGCUCUUCUCUGUGAGUGUCUCAUCGAACGUCGCACCUAAAUCGUUGCACUGUGUGGCAUGGCACGUCUUGUUCUGAAUUUGCAACAGGUUGUUUCAGACUUCAGAUCCUCUUGGUAACCAGGAAGAUGUGCCAGUAGGUAGCCAAGAUCCCUGUUCAUUUGCAAGUCUACUGACUCCUGAUAUAUAAGAUGGUGAACAUUUUAUCCAAGAACCUGUGUAAUGUGGAACACAACUUUUUUUUCCCCGGUUCCAGAGAGAGAGAAAAAGAUAAGCCAAUGUAGAUUGUAAAAAGAAAAAAAGAAAAAAAAUACUAUAAGUAUACUAACAUUUCAUACAAAACUCACCAUAGGUUUUUUUUUCUCUGGGGAAAAUAAAAACUGCUUCAACUUUAGGUUUUAUUUUUCAAUAUUGAACUUUUCAUUCUUAAAUAUUGGUACCUCAGUGAUUAGUGGAUGAAAAAAUGUAUUGUAGGGUGGGGUGUGUGUUACAUCGAGUAACGGUGACAAUAAAAUUGCGUCUGCCAGUGCCUGUAUAGAUAGUAUAUUUGUCUCCACCGCUGACUUUUGAGUGCAUGCUUUUCUUUUCUUGAUUCCCCCCCCCCCUUUUUUUUGGUCUUUGCAAGAACAGAUUUUAUUUAAACUCUGGAUUUGAUAAUAAAUUAUUUCAUUUAUGAUUUGGAAACUUCUCCCAGGCGAGGGCUUAAAAAGCCCGUCUCUUACAGCAAGAAGUGUAAGCUAUUUUUAUUUUAUUUUUUUGAGUGGCUGCUAAAAGGGAGUCUGAUGCACUUUUUCCUUUAAAGAGAGCGAGGGAUCUUUUUUUAUAUAUAAAAAAACAAAACCACAAAGCAGUAAAUUAAUGUAGAUUGGAUCGAUUUUUGUUUAAUUUAAUCAAAAUUAUCACUAGAAUAGCUAAAGAGGCAUUAUUUUAAAGCAGUUGGAAGAGCGUAAUUUUGAUUUGGAUUCACAUUGCUUUGCUUCCGUGUUCUUAAAAAUGUUUCAGUUUCCAGUUCUUGGUCUUGGAAAUAAAUUUCAAGUUGCACCGUACCCAUCUUUAAGCUGCAUUCGCUUUCUCUCUUCUUCCUUUUUUAACGAAAGCCAAAACUCGUGCAGUUUUAAUUUUCUUGGGAUUAAUUUGGCAGAGAGGUGUUCGAAGGUUUGAUACAAACCCUGACCCCCUUUUCAGAAUGGGCUACAUCAGCUUGUUAAAACCAAUAUCCUUUUUCAGCAGCUCCACAGUGUGUACUUCUGUCUGUCAGUGCAAUAUGUAAAGCAAAUCAUUUCUUUUUGGCAGUUCAGCAAUGACAGCGUUGGUAUAUAUAUUAUAUACAAUAUAUAUAAGUAAAACAUUAAAAUGACCCUAGAUGACUCGUGGAAAGAUAAAUCGUUUCCUUAUAUCGGAAGGAAAAUCUUCAGAAUUCAACUUUGCCUUACUAUGUUGUUUGUUAAGGAUUCAACCUGUCUUAAACAACAACAACAGCAAUGGUUUGAGUUAACUGUACAUUUGAGAGUACCUGAUUUCCAGUCACCCUUUGGAGAAGGACAACCCAUUCUGGACAGCUUAGUAAGUUUAAAGGAAGGCCAUCCUUAUUUUGCACAGACGGAGCAUCUUCCCCACUAUGUAUAAGUUGUGAAUUGUAUUUGGGAAAAAUAAAGGAUUUUAAUUUAAAACUG